UAAUGAUGUCGUGUAUCUAUUGGUAUCCUGGCGAAAUGGGAGGGUGGGGCCAGGCAGGUCAUGCAAUGUGUUGGCGUUAUGGCAAAUCGGGAAUGGGUCACAUCGACCCUGAGAGAUACCAAAAACGCCUCAUGCAAGUUGGGGCAGGUGUUUUGACUGAUGAUUAGAUUUCUCUUGGUAUCGUACUGCAAUACCGCUUCCGUCCAUGGCCAUUCGACGUGGCAACCGUUAACUCAUUACUCGACACGUAACACUUUUCUCUCUCGCCCAAAAUACCAGUCGAAUGCAAAACACGCCCCUGUCUGUUGUUUCGUUCGCUGCCGACCUGAACACCGAAGCCUGAUAUGCUGUCGUGACCCCGUCUCUAACAAACGCCGGUCCGGAUUGUGGAGCCUCCCAAGGUAUCUCAUAAGACGUUGACAAAAAGUGAUACCUGCCAACUGUCAUGCUGAAGGACCUUGCCCUCGAAGAAAAGGAACAAAAAAAUAAACCCAGAUUGACACUCUCCACCACGAUUU